AGCAGACACAUUCCCGCCAAUAUGUAAAAGCUGGUGACGGAAACUAGGGUUUUUGUUCUGAAGUGGUCGCACCAGCAUUGACCAUGGCGGAGGACCUUGCUCAGAUCGCUCACUUGCUGGACCAAACACUCAACCACGACGCUGCCGCCGUCCGCUCCGCCACCGAUGUGCUCGAUCGCCUCUCCCUCACUCCGCACUUCCCAUUCUAUCUCCUCUCCAUUUCCACCGGAGCAGGAAAUCAAGGUCAGAAAAUCGCCGCUGCUACCUACCUGAAGAACCUCACUCGUCGAAACGUCGAUAGCACCACCGGCGUCGCGCCUUCGAACGUCAGCAAUGAGUUCAAGGAGCAGCUAUUGCAAGCUCUGCUCCAGGUCGAGUUGUCCGUUCUCAAGAUUUUAGUUGAAGUGUUCCGCUCCAUUGCUGUUGCUGAUUUUGUUAAGCAGAACGCGUGGCCAGAGCUUGUGCCUAAUUUGCAAUCUGCUAUUCAGAAUAGCCAUCUGAUCAGCGGUGUGAACGGGAAAUGGAAUACCGUAAAUGCACUUCUUGUUCUCCAUGCUCUUCUCAGACCAUUCCAGUACUUUUUGAAUCCUAAAGUGGCAAAGGAGCCGGUACCACCACAGUUGGAGCUUAUAUCCAAAGAAAUUCUUGUGCCUUUGCUUACUGUUUUCCAUCAAUUUGUUGAAAAGGCUUUAGCAACCCAUGGAAGGACAGAAAAAGAAAUUGAGAAAGCCCUCCUCACUAUAUGCAAAUGCCUUCAUUUUGCAGUGAGGUCCUACAUGCCAUUGACUUUGGCUCCUCUUUUGCCUUCAUUCUGUCGGGACCUAAUGAGCAUUUUGGGUUCUCUGUGCUUUGAUUGUUUGGUCAAUCAAGAAGAUGAAUAUUUGACAAGAUUGAAGACUGGAAAAAGAAGUCUGCUUAUUUUUUCUGCCCUUGUAACCCGGCACAGGAAACAUUCUGAUAAGUUGAUGCCAGAAAUUAUAAGUUGUGUUUUAAACAUAGUCAAAUUUAGCAAAAAUACCAGUAAACUUCCUUUCCUAUCAGAGAGGCUUUUGUCCCUAGGUUUUGAUGUAAUUUCAAAUGUACUGGAGACUGGGCCGGGAUGGCGAUUAGUCUCUCCACAUUUUACAACUUUAUUGGAAUCUGCAAUCUUCCCGGCAUUAGUAAUGAAUGAGAAGGAUGUGUCAGAGUGGGAAGAAGACCCAGAUGAGUAUAUCCGGAAGAAUCUUCCUUCAGAUAUAGGUGAAAUUUGUGGGUGGAGAGAGGAUUUGUUCACAGCCAGAAAAAGUGCAGUGAACUUACUUGGUGUUAUUUCAAUGUCAAAGGGUCCACCAAUGGAGACUGCCUCCGACAGUUUAUCAGCUUCAUCCAAGCGUAAAAAAGGUCAAAAGAACAAAAGAAGCAACGAACGCCGCUCUAUGGGGGAGUUAUUGGUGCUUCCAUUUUUGUCCAAGUUUUCCAUUCCUUCCGAUUCCAAUGUGUCUCAAAAGAAAAUCUUAAAUGAUUACUUUGGCGUUCUGAUGGCAUACGGUGGCCUGCUAGAUUUUUUGAGGGAACAAGAACCUGAAUCUGUAACAACUCUAGUUCGUACACGGAUCUUGCCACUGUAUACAGUAGCUGUGUCCCUACCAUACCUAGUUGCUAGUGCAAACUGGGUACUUGGAGAACUAGGCUCCUGUCUACCAGAAGAGAUGAGUACUGAUGUAUAUUCCCAGAUGCUCAUGGCAUUGGUCAUGCCAGAUAAGCAGGAGCCUUCUUGCUAUCCAGUGCGGGUUUCUGCUGCUGGGGCAAUUACCACACUGCUUGAUAAUGACUGCAUGCCCCCUGAUUUUCUACCCCUUCUCCAAGUAAUAGUUGCCAACAUUGGAAAUGAUGAGGGCGAGAGCGAGAGCGAGAGUUCCAUCUUAUUUCAGCUUCUCAGUUCUAUUAUGGAAGCUGGAGAUGAGAAAGUUGCAGUCCAUAUCCCACAUAUUGUCUCAUCAAUAGUGGGUACAGUAUCAAAAUGGUUAACUGCCAAUAUGGAGCCUUGGCCUCAAGUGGUUGAACGUGCAAUUGCUGCUCUGGCAGUUAUGGGUCAGACUUGGGAAGGCUCUAGGCCUGAGGAGUCUGAGUUGGAUGAGUCUCGUGAAAAAUGGGCUGCAGGUCAAGUGGCAGUUGGUAGAGCUUUUGCUGCACUCUUGCAUCAGGCUUGGCUUACCCCUCAAUGCACACUGGAUCAAGAAGACCAGCAGUGUCCCCCCUCAUCAUGCAUAGAAGAUUUGUCAACAUUGCUACAGUCUGUCUUGCUAUCUAUUGAUGGAAGUCACAUGAUUCGUGAGCUUAAAGUAUCAGAGCUGCUGUCAGUUUGGGCUGAAAUGAUCGCAGAGUGGCAUGCAUGGGAGGAAUCAGAGGAUUUAUCAAUUUUUGGGGUGAUUAAGGAAACUGUGAAUUUAGAUCGUAAGUAUAGGCUGAAAAACUUCAUUGUAAAAGAGACGCCACCCCCUCCAGCUCCACCUGUUCCUGAACGUUCAAUUGUAGAGGGCAUUGGCGCUUUCAUCAGUGAGGCAAUUAAGCAAUAUCCUUCUGCAACACUGAGAGCUUGUUCAUGUGUCCAUAUAUUACUACAUUGUCCAACCUACUCACAUGACACUGAAGGUGUAAAGCAGUCAUUGGCUAUUGCAUUUAGUAGGGCAGCCUUCUCUCACUUCAUUGAAGUUCAAAGCACGCCUGGUUCACUCUGGAAGCCUCUAUUGCUUGCUAUAUCUUCAUGUUAUUUGUGUUAUCCUGAUAUUAUAGAAGGUAUUCUGGAAAAGGGUGCACAUGGAGGCAUAACAAUAUGGGCAUCUGCUCUGUGUCAUAUAUCCAAUAGAUCUUUUGAGCCUGGUCUGAUGGUGGAGGCUGAGAUGAAGUUAAUGGUGAUGACGUUAGCCCGAUUGAUUGAGCAACUUAUCAAACAAGGGAAGUCUGGUGGUGGUGGAAUUCAAAACUGCUUUGCUUCACUGUUGGAGGUAUCUGUACGAUUGAAAGAAGCAUAUGACGAGAAAGAAGAUGAACAAGGAUCUGAUGAUGCUGAAAAUGAUGAUGACGAGGAGGAGGAGGAGGAGGAGGAUAGUGACAAUGAUGAUUAUGAUGAGGACUCUGAGACUGAGGAAUAUGAAGAAACUGAAGAAGAAUUUCUUAAUAGGUAUGCUAAAGCUGCUGAGGCAUUAGAAAACGGUUCAAAUAAUAUUGAAGAGGUGGACGUUGAAGAUCAAGAACUGGAGCUGGAAUUAGGUCAAUUAAUUGAUGUUGAUGAACAAAAGAUCUUGACGUCGUUGAUAGAGAAGUACCACCAAUUGCUCAAACGAGAACUAGUUUUGCCAUCGGAGCUCGUCAUGAAUUUCCUGAAUGCCUUCCCUGUGUACGAUUCAUAUUUCCAGCAAUACAGAUAACCAUCGUUUGUUUAUGCGGUGUUGCCAAGGUCGUGUAAAUUAAAUUUUUCGUGUAAGACAAGCCGUCGGGGCUUGGAAAUGUGUGUACAAAAGAGAAAUUAUUAUUUGUUUUGAAAAUAUCUACUUGUUAUUUGUUGAUUUGUAUAAUUAUUCUUUUACUGGGGAGUACAGCAAGACGACGGUUACAGUGUCGAGAUUUCAAAUGAGUGUUGAUGCACCAUACAUGGAGCUGCGAAAAUGUACUACUGAACAACUUUUCAGAUUUGAGUAGUUGAUGGAUUAACUGCGUUGCCGCAGUGGCAAAAUAUACUCCGAA